AUGAGGCAGUCCCUGCAAGCCAGAGAGUGGGAGUUCCUGUCUUCGCCAUGUCGGGGUGGUGCUGCAACGCGCUGAGGAUACCCUGAACUGAGCAGAAGUCUCCCAGCCCCCCUCCUGCUGCUCCAUCCAUCCAUCCAUCUAUCUGUCUACCCAUCCGCCCCCACACGGCACCAGGCAGAGUCCAGCAUCUCCAACAUAACAGUUUCCCCGGAUCAACUGCGACACAUCUUCCCCUCUGACCGACGGUGGACGGAGGAGAGACGCACCAAGUGAUGCGGCUUCUGCAGCCCGCGCAUCCCGCAGCACCGAAGACCGCACGCUCACCCGUUAGGAGUAGGCGCACUUUCCCCGUUAUCCACAACAACCCAUGAGAAUGUCCAGCGCAGACAUCGUGGGUUUAAACCCUACCGACCGCGUGAUCAAAUCGGUGCCAUUUCCGCUGAGCCACAGGUUAAGCAUGCGAGAGGUGUUCGACUGCGAGGGGAAACCGCGGGUGGACCUGCUGAAGGCUCACCUCACUAAAGAGGGCCGCUUGGAGGAGCCCGUAGCUCUGCGCAUCAUCAACGAGGGGGCCGCCAUCCUCCGUCAGGAGAAGACCAUGCUGGACAUAGAGGCCCCUGUCACAGUGUGCGGGGAUAUUCACGGGCAGUUCUUCGACCUGAUGAAGUUAUUUGAGGUUGGCGGGUCUCCUGCGACAACGAGGUACCUGUUUCUAGGGGACUAUGUGGACCGAGGGUACUUCAGUAUUGAGUGUGUCCUUUACCUCUGGUCGCUGAAAAUCCUCUACCCAAAGACGCUGUUUCUGCUGCGGGGAAACCAUGAAUGUAGACAUUUGACUGAAUAUUUCACUUUCAAACAAGAAUGUAAAAUCAAAUACUCGGAGCAGGUGUACGACGCGUGCAUGGAUGCAUUCGACUGUCUGCCUCUGGCUGCUCUGAUGAAUCAGCAGUUUUUGUGUGUUCAUGGCGGCCUGUCUCCAGAGAUACACACAUUAGAUGACAUUAAGAGGCUGGACAGGUUCAAGGAACCGCCAGCAUUUGGCCCCAUGUGUGAUCUGCUCUGGGCUGACCCGCUGGAGGACUUUGGCAAUGAAAAGAGUCAAGAUUACUUCAGCCACAACAGUGUCCGCGGAUGCUCCUACUUCUACAGCUAUCCUGCAGUGUGUGAGUUUUUACAGACCAACAACUUACUGUCUGUCAUCAGGGCACACGAGGCACAGGAUGCCGGUUACCGUAUGUACAGGAAGAGUCAGACUACAGGUUUCCCUUCUCUCAUCACCAUCUUCUCGGCUCCAAACUAUCUGGACGUUUACAACAACAAAGCGGCCGUGCUUAAAUACGAGAACAACGUAAUGAACAUACGACAGUUCAACUGCUCGCCACAUCCAUACUGGCUGCCCAACUUCAUGGACGUCUUCACCUGGUCUCUUCCGUUCGUUGGAGAGAAAGUGACAGAAAUGUUGGUGAAUGUCCUCAGUAUCUGCUCUGAUGAUGAGCUUAUGAACGAUGAAGAUGAGAUCUUUGAUGCUAAUGCUGCGGCCGCCCGUAAAGAGGUCAUCAGAAACAAGAUCCGUGCCAUCGGUAAAAUGGCCAAAAUGUUCUCAGUCCUGCGAGAGGAGAGUGAGAAUGUGUUAACCCUGAAAGGUCUGACCCCCACCGGCAUGCUGCCGAGCGGCGUACUGUCUGGAGGAAAACAGACCUUGCAGAGCGCUACCACCGAGGCCAUUGAAGCUGUGGAGACGGAUGAGGAUGGAGAAGCCAUCCGUGGCUUUUCUCCACAGCACAAGAUCAACAGUUUCGCGGAAGCGAAGGGUCUGGACCGCAUAAACGAGCGCAUGCCGCCUCGCCGAGACGUGGUCAACAGCGUGGGGCUGUCGAUGGGCAAGAUGAACAUGGCCGAAUCCAACGGCACGGAUGACAACAGCAAUAUCCAGUGAUUCAUCUCCUCCUCCUCCUCCUCCCGUCCCUCGCUCGCCCCUGCUCCUUUAAUACAAAUCUCCCCUCUCCCCUCAUUUUCACUGCUACUGUCUAUGUAGCAGAUGGAUUAUGUGAUAUAUUUAGACAGAACUCCCUGCUUGACGUUCAGCGGCCUCAACGACAAACUCGAGACGGGCCGCGCGAAGAUGAUCAUGCGUGCGAGUUGCAUGAUGGGAUAUGUAGUUUUAUGGAUAUGGGGCUAUGUAAUGGAAAUAUGAACACGGAGUGCAUUUCCUGUUCCUUUGUCCGAAGAGAUGUUUGUUUAUGCGUGUUUGCACUUUGCGUGCGUGUCUGUGUGCGUGCGUGGGCGACAUGGGUUAUAUAAUUACUAUACGAUGAUGAUGAUGAUGAUGAUAAUAAGUAGGUUUUCACAAACGCUUACCUUUUUUUUUCUUGGCCUGCUGUGAAACAUAAAACACAAGGCCGACGCACUAUUUAUUCGAAAGCGUCGGAGCGUACGUUUGCGUUCGUACGUGUGCGAGAAGCUUGUAACCGUUUACUUUCACACUUCUCUUGCAGUUCUAUAUUUUGCAACUAGUAAUCACUAUAUCUAUGGAAUAACUAAUAUUACACAGAAUAACUUCACGCAGGUUAUCACGAUUAAUCCACUAAUAACAGAGGGUCUGGAGUCGCCGUAACGCCCCUCAUGCUGUGUGCUCGCUGUGUUGUGUAAAUCCGCCGUUGUCACGUCGUGCUGCGGUUGCUAUGGCAGUCUGACACUUUCCCGCCUCCUCUGGUGCUCCGGAGCUGAGCAGGGGGAAGUGUGUGUGCGAGAAACAGGGGGGUGAUUUGAGCUGAGCUGUUAUGAGUGGUUUCAAACAGGUCCUUGUCUUGUGUUGGCGCACUAGACAGAACGGAUUUCCAACCACGCAUAAUUCAUGGGAGUUUAUUUUGUAUAUAAAUGGCGUAUAUUUUUAAGGACCGUUUUGUUAUCGCUUAUUUUCAUGUUAUUUUGUUUUGUAUUCAAGCUAUUUAUUUAUUUAUUGUUUGUUGGGUUCUUUUUCGUUUGUUUACAUUGCUGUACAGUUAAUUAAGCUCAGAUGAGGUGUUAAACCUUUUGCAUUUCUUUAUCGAUGUACAGAAGUUAUCCAGUAGUGUGAAGGAACAUAUAAUUCUGUGAAAAGACAUCCGGACUGCCAAAGCAUGACUGCAUGGUUAUUUCAAAUGUAAAUCGAAUAUGGACACACCUUAACGUGUCUCACAUUUUUAAGGAGAAGUAUAUUCUGAUCAUUAUUCUAAACAAUAUUCUGGUUACUUAUGAUUAUUAUUAAGAGUUCUGCUGGUUUAUUCCACUUUGCUUCAUCCUUGUUUUGGUUGCUCAUUGUGCUUUACUUUAUGAAUAAUGAAAAUGUUCAUGAGUUAUUUGUGAUUCUAUAUCUUGUAUUUUUCUCUGGAGAUUCAUUCUGAGCAUCAUGAUUUCCUGACCUACAGUACGGACAGUGUGAGCAUGCCCUAUGGGACAAAUCUCUUUUUUUACUCUUGAAUAAAAUAUGCAUGAACCUUU